AAAGGGCCAGAAUUAUCACCUAGAAAAGAUUUAGUCAACGGCCUCAAACGGAGUCCUACAGGGUCAACGAAAGAUAAGGGUAUGAAUAGUGUAGGUACGAGCGAAGAUGGAGAAGAGAGCAGUGUGCCUGAUGAGGAAGAUUCCGUACAGGUGGUAACGGAUGUUUUGUCAUCAGUGCAAGCACCAAAGGUUUUAGAACUAAGUUCCCGUAGUGCCUUAUUGCAGUGGGCGCCCCCGCUGCACCUGUCCGAAUCCGUAAGCAACGACAGCGGCACCAACGAGAUCGACAUAUCCGAAACGGAUUUGCGGUACGAGGUGUUGCUGAGCGACAAAAGUAGGGAGAUGAAAUUCAAGUCAAUUUACAACGGAUCCUCGCAUUCCUGUAGAAUACAAGAUUUAAAACCUGGCCAAGAAUACUCUGUAUGUUUGCAAGUACAUUUGGACGAAUUGCAAGGAUACGCCACUGACCCUGUGAAAUUCGUAACGCCGGCCUGUGAACCUGACCAGCCCUUGCCGCCAAAACUAGGAGCCAAGACUAAGAAUUCAUUACAACUCAGGUGGAACCAAGUAAACGACAAUGGAGCUAGAAUACUCUUCUAUAGCCUAGAAUACGAUGCUGGAAAAGGAGGCGAAUUCGAAGAGAUCCAUAAAAGUAGGGGAAAGACGCAGUUCAAUCUGCAAAAACUGCUACCCGCCACUGCCUAUAGGUUUAGAUUAGCUGUAGUGAACGAGGUGGGAAAGAGUGCUUACUCUGACACUGUAACUUACAGAACCACAGAGAACCCGCCAGCUCAACCCGAUGCUCCGACACUGAUAGAGGCCACCGUCUCAACGCUUCACUUGAAAUGGAAACACCGGCCUAAAGAUGACGAGUUCGUGCUUCAAAUGAACGAUCCCAAAACCAAGUACGCCAUGAACGUUUACAACGGACGGGAGACGUACUACAUCUGCCAGAGACUUAGCUGUUACAGUGAUUAUACUUUUAGGUUAAAAGCUAAUAACGAGGGUGGGACGUCACCAUGGUCCGAAGAAGUUACUUUUAGGACCAAACCUGAUAGACCGGAUAGGCCCUCUAAACCUGUAGUCAAGGGCAGGAUACAUGCGUAUUCGUUUAGAUUAAAAUGGGAACCACCUCAUAACACUGGUGGAGCUGAAAUCACUCAUUAUAUCUUAGAAGUCAAUUCUGGUAGCGGGUACGAACAAGUUUAUAGUGGUUCGGAAACGGAAGCUGUUUGCGAUAGGUUAACGCCAGGAACGACAUACCAAUUGAGAGUUAGCUGUGCAUCAUCUGGUGGCCAGAGUUGUCCUUCGGAUCCGUGUACUGUAACGACGGAGGCCAUAGGUCCAGGGAAGUGUGGUACUCCCAAAUUAGUGGGAAAAGCUAGAGCGGAUGCUUUAACAGUGAGAUGGGCAGAACCUGAUUAUAAUGGCGGGGCACCCGUAAUAGAUUAUGAACUAGAACUGACUAAUCCCGACUCCAGUCGACUGCUAAUCGAAAAACAAAGAGGGAAACAGGUGUACGAUUUCACAGAAUUUAUUAUUCCAGCCAAAAAUGCCCUGUAG